AUCCACCAUUAAUACCUUGCGUUUACAGGCCUUGGCUUUUGUUUCUGUGAUUCUCUUCGCUUUUUCUGCACAUCAUACUAUUCCAUAGAGGCUGGUGAGGAAACGCAGCGGCAUUGGACGUCGUUCACCUUUCAUAGUUUCCCAUGACCACUUGCAACCGACAGUGAGCAUACAGAGACGCACGAGACUUACUGCUUGCGAAUUUUUCUAUUCCCAGAAAGAAUGUGUGAAAAUCGAUUACGAUCCGGACGCGUUAAAACCGCAAGAAAAAUCGGACCAGCUACCACGUCGAUCAUCGCUCGAAGAAGUUUACUUGAGCACUUGAAAAAUGCAAGAGUCAAAGAUAAAAUGGAAAUGGGUAUUACAGAAACUUGGCAUCCUAGAGCAAAUCUUUAUUACUCCUUCGCCGAGGACACGAAUCCUUUUACCAGAGUCAAAGAGUUUAUCAGUGACCCCUGCGAGUGUGCAAUAUUCUAUGGAAUGAAAUCGGUACACGAAUCUUUAGAUCCUUUCACCGAUCGUGAUCCCUACUACGAGGUGGCAGCAUGGAAAAAAUAUCUUCUAAUGAAACCUACUUGUUUUGUGAUAUUUGCUAAACCAGGAUUAAACGGGUUUGCUCUUGCUAAGAUGAUUGCUGAUUACUGGCAUUGCUUGCUCAUCUCUCCGGAGACUGUAAUCCAGGAGGAAAUCGAUAGAAAAUCUAGUAAGGGCUGCUUGCUGGAAGAGAUCCUUCGAAAUGGCAAGUCAGUAGGAGCUGAAAUGAUCUUGGACCUUAUGGAAAGUAGAGCUGCACGUCAAGAUGUUUUGCACAGAGGUUAUGUUCUUCAGGGAAUACCAUUGAUAGCUAAUCAAAAUUUGGAUUACUCAUCUUAUCCAUAUUGGAUUUCUGGGGAUGAAUCAGAAGAAUCUAUAAGUAAAGAAUCAAAAGAAACUUGUUUUGAAUCUGAGGAUAAAUUACAGUCAGAUUUGAGCAAUCAGAUUGAGCAGAUCUUUACGGUAUGGUCAAUUGCGCCAACAGUAAUUAUUUAUUCCAUGUGUCCUGAGCAUGACAUAUUUUGUACACGGGAAAACUUAUUGUAUAAUCCAUAUUCGGGAAAUAUGGUAGAUAUACUUCAUAGAAAUACAAAUAUGAGCGAUCCAGAAUUUUUUUCAAUUGACAUCGAAUCUUACUUUGACAAGCAUUUGCUGAAGCGUUUGAGUAAUUCUCGUGAAAAUAUUAGAAAACAGUCUGAUAUUUAUCGAAAAUAUGCUUUACCUUUUAUAGACAGAAGAAUUCUUAUACAUGAUCCACAAUAUGUAAUUCGUGUUAACGGACGCUCUUCGGUUACAGAGGCGUUUGAUAUUAUUCGUGUAAAAUUAAAGAUGCUCCCGCUGUCCCGUGUAAUAUUACCAAAGAAAAUGUCAGAAUAUGAAAUGGAACAAGUUGGCGAAGAUUCACCUAGACAAUUUUUGAAUUUUGAAGGCAAGACCCUGGAGGAAUCAUUUCGGAUUUUGUCUAAGAAAGGAAUGGUUGUGUGGAAAUAUGCAUGGAAAUUAUCAGCCUGGAAUUAUUUCUGUCCCGUCGCUUUGGCUCAAGGACAGACUGUGGAAGGUAAACCAAAACACGCAGUGCGUUUUCUUAGUGAAAUUUACUUUCUAUCCUCAUCGGAAGCUGAGAAAAUCUUCCUAGAAAACCCUAGACCGUUUCUAGUACCGCCCAAUCCGCGACCUAGUUGUAAAAUUGCGAUUUUGGGUGUCAAACAUUCUGGCAUUGAUGAACUUAGUGAUCAUUUAGGAAGAACUCUCAAUGCUACUGUUAUCGAUGUACGAUCUAUAGAAAAAGGUCUUAUAGAGGAUCUUCGAAGAUCUAGAUUAACUGCUCUAAAUAGAGAUCACAUGAACGAAGCGAUCGUAGAAUUAGAAACGAGACUUGAGAGACAAAGAGCAGAAAGAGAAGAAGCAAGAAUUGAAGAACUAAAUGCGUGGCACGAAGAAUUACAGAAUCUUGCUAUAAAAUUGAAUGAUCUUGAAGAAGGAGUUUCGACAGGAGAUCAAGGUCACUUAGAUCUUGAAAGAAAAAUUGAGGAGUACCAAGUGCAAAUUUUAGAAAACGAUAAGAGUUUUCGUAAACGUGUUCUAGCUAAGGAUCAAGAAGCACUUGAUGAACUUACACCGGAUAUUCUCCUUCAUGAUGAACCACCUAUCAGAGAAGUCACCCAAGAUGAUCCUGAACUUUUAGAGAUCUUGGAAGAUUUACUAAAAAAAUAUGAUGAACUUAUAGAAUUGAGCGAAGAGGAUCGUGUUACGUUUUUAUUACAACACAUUAAUAACUUGCCUAAUAAAUCGUUGAUUGGCGAAGUAGUUUGCGAAAGUGGUUGGAUUCUGAAUGGCAUGUAUACAGAUCCUGAAAUUUGGAUAAAAAUCAGAGAUGCUGGGAUUACGAUAGAACGAUCUAUUAUCAUUCUCGAGGAUGAUCCUUAUGAUCAUCUGAUCGAAAAGUGGCGUUGUAAUGAUACGGAGGAAGAUGAAUUUCACAAUUGUAUUCAAUAUGAAAAUGUAAUUGACAACGACGAUACGAAUGAAAGAAAGUUACAACGUUUAGAAAAAUUUAUUGAAGAUAUUAAGCAGUUUAGAAUUAAUUGGGAGAUCCUUAAGGAUGUUCUGGCUGAUUUGAAAAUCGAAACGAUAAUCUGUGAUCUACAGAUGCAAACUAAUAUUUUAGAUGACACUCUGAAACAGAUAACAAAUCUUUAUCUUCCUCAAGCUCGAAUGAUGACUGAAGAGGAUCGUGAAGAAAUAUACCAGGAUGUCGAUCCCUUGAACGGUUUAGAAGAGGAAGAGGAAGAAGGAGAAGAAGAAGAAAAUGAGGACGGUACAGGAAUACAAAAAACCAAUAAAGAUAAUCGUCCUUUCGGGGAUACAGGAUAUUUCUGUCCCGUUGCACUGCGUCGCCAUGGAAUCCUUUGGAAAGGCAAGGACGAUUUGGACACUCUCUUCUUGAACAAGGUAUAUCUUUUGUCAAGCGAAAAAGCAUUGCAGGAUUUCCUUAAAGAUCCUUACGAAUUUGUACCCCGUCAAAGACCUUGUUUACUACUGCCACCAUUACGCGUAAGUCUAGUAGGUCCUCCAGGAUGUGGUAAAACGACUAUGGCGAAGAUGCUCUCCAAGGAUUAUGGCUUUACUUUUAUUGAUUAUUUUGGCUGUUUUAUCGAUUAUGCCAAGGAUCGUGGUUCACCGAUAAUUAGCCGCUAUUAUGAAGAUAUAUUUACCGUUAAGGAUCUAACUGAAUUUGUGCAACUACCUAAGGACUUUCAGAGUUAUGAUUAUAACACGAAUAAGGAUAUUAUAAAGACAUUCAUAAGAAAAUACUUUGAAGAAGGUAAAGUACUUCCAAAGCAAAUGUUAAUGGAAUGUUUAUUAAAUUUCUUUAAGAGUCCGUAUAAUGAAUUUAAUGCCCUGCUUGAAUCAUUUCCAAGUUGUGCAGAAGAUGUUGAUGCUGCUCUGGAGAAUUUUGCGUUACCGGAAGUAAUAAUAGAACUGCGCUGCAGCGAAAACACCGCCAGGAAAAGAUUAAUUCCAGGACUUUUUGAAUCCUGGAAAACUGAGCAGAAUGCCAGGAUAAUGGCAGAAAAUUUGAGGUAUAAGGAAGAACUUUCAUAUUAUGAUAUGCAGAAGGAAAAGUGGAUCAAAAAAAGGCUAAAGGAGAGAAGAAGAGAAAGGUGGAAUAUUCUACGAAUGGAUAUGAUGGAAACGGAGGAUAUUCAUGAGGAUUAUAAACAGGACGACAAUAUUGAACAGAUUUAUCAUUCCUUUGAAUCAGUUACAUCACCAUCAGUUACGUCAUUAUUAACCUUAUUGUCGGAAGAAUCUGAAGAUUAUAAUUUAGGUGAUUCUGAUGAGUAUCAAAGUAAUUUGGAUAGAAUAGAACUUGAAGAACUCUGGAAAGGUGAAUAUCCUGAACCCGUUCUGUUCGAUGAUUGGGAAAGUCCUGAUGAAACUUUGAAUAAAAUUGUUGAAAAUGUCCAGAAAGCUUACGAUUCUUCCAGUAAAAAUUUACUUACAUCUCGUAUGGCAAUGGAGAAUGAAAACAUUCCAUGGAUAGAAGUAAAUGGGGAAUUAGAUAAGAGGAUAGUAUAUUUAUCCAUUUUGAAAAUUUUAUAUCCAUAUAUUUUUCGAAAUUACUCUAUGUUUGAACGAGUACAACUUGUGAACCCAUAUGAUGCCGAAAGUCUCCUGGAAUGUGGUUAUUAUUUUUUAAGUUCAUUCGGCCGCAAUUGCCCUGUUCAAUCAUACCGUAAGGAAAUACCCUUUCACGUAUUUUUAAAAAUGGAGUCUCAAGGAUCCAUAUUCCCUGUGUUACACAGACGCUACAUAUACUUCAUAACUGGCGCAGACGCAGUCACAGACUUCCUGGAACAUCCAUUGAAGUAUCUUCAGGUGGAUUCCUCAAAGCCAGUCAUCCCCAUCCGGAUAUCCAUUAUCGGUCCACCAAAGUGUGGAAAAUCAACUCUCGCUGCACAUUUCUGCGAAAUUUAUGGGAUGAAAGUGAUAACACGCGGGCAGUCACUACGUCAUCUUCUGGAAAAAUACUCUUGGACGGAAUCAGCACGUUUAAUAGAGUCUCGUCUGCGUAAUGGUCAAGCAGCUACGGAUGAGCUUAUAGCUAGGUCCGUGGAACUAAAUUCCAUUGAUCCACGUUCAGCCUCUCAGGGAUUAAUUCUCGACGGAUUUCCUAGUAGUCAAUCAGAAGCCGAAGAAUUGGCAAUUCUAGCCCUUGGACCAAUAAUCAUUAUAGACCUUAGGGCGGACCUAAAAUUCUGUUUGGAACGUUCCAUUGCAGAUAAAAAAAAUAUGAGAAAACUUCCUGUCAGUUUUUCACCCUGCUACAUAACGCAUCAACAUGAGCAAUGGUCCUUGGAUGCAAAAAAGUACCGUAAUUGGCUAAAUAAGUUUUCGCAAAAUGUAUUGGAACUUGAUGCAACCAAAAGCAAAUGGUCCGUAUGGAUUCAAGCUAAAAAGGAAGUGCAAUAUCGAUUUUUCAAAAUACAAAAAUAUUUUCGGAAUAUCAAUAAGGAUAACGUGCACAGUCUCACGUAUAUGUGUGUGUCGCCAUAUGAAUUCCGCGAGAGACAAAGUUCUUUUGAGUCCUAUUGUCCAAUUUGCCUCUUUUUAGAAAACACGACCAACUUUUCUGGCUCUCCACCAGAUCAUCAGGGCAUGGUAUCUUUCAGGGGACUCUACUACUGGAUCUGUCCAGAACACAAGACCUUAUUCCAUAAGGAGCCUCUGCAGUAUCUUCCACCACGCAAUCACAUGAAGUUGCCUACGGAACGUGCCAAAGUUCUUGACGAGAAGAUCAACAUAGAACAUGUUUGUUGGAUAAAACGAUUGAAGGAUGACGGAUUCUGUUUAGUAAGCUACGUAGACGGUCUACCAGAUCGCAAAUUAAUUCCUGGUCAGGUUGACCUGGGUGUCCUCUACAAGAACUUUUUGUACUUAUUCUGUUCAGUGGACUGCAGGAAUAAGUUCGUUCGGCAAACUUCACGUUACUCCUCUAACUGUAUUCACUAUCCACGUCUUAUCUCGUCAAUUUCAUUGAAGUCAUUACCGACUUUUGGCUACCUAGAACAGAGCGUCGCGACGACAAUCGUUCGCGCUUUAAACGACGUUGUUGUACUACGACCAAAAUUGGCAGGAAUAACUAGUGCGACCACUGCGGCCAUUUAUUUGGGUACGUUUCUCAAAAUUCAUUGCGGCAAAGCAAAGUCUUCGCUGAAGGAGAUUAGUGUUUAUGAAGAAGUGCUUAGGAGAAUGGAAGCUAGAAGAGAGAUAAUGAGCAUCGUUAUAAACUACAUGAAGAAAAAAAAGAAUCCCACAGUUUCAGCUGUUUGUUUAUCAGCAAGAGAUGAGGCCUCGAGUGACUUCGCGUCAUCAAAAGCGUCAAUUAAAACACAAUUAGUCAGCUCCGUCAGAUUCCGUCGCACGUCGCCCACGCAAAAUUUACUCGAUCCGGAAGCUGACACCUGGUCCAUCUGCAAACUCGUAGAGGAUAACACAGAGACGCCUUAAGAUAAUACACAAUUUUGAACGUGAUCCUCAAUCCAUGCUAAACAAUUCUCAAAUCACUUGCAACAUGUCGCACGAUUUGUACGUCUGACCUUACUCUCAUUUUGUUU